AAGUCCCGGCCCCCGAGCCUCCCCUCUCCGGCCUUGUGUUGCGCCUGUGGCCUGUGCGUCAUGUUGGCGGGCAUCAACCUCACCCUGGUGGGCGCCUUCGCCUUUGGCACCUUCCUGCCGGGCCACAACCCCCCCAUCGUCAUCGGCCCCGUCCUGCUGCUGCUGGCCAUCUCCUUCUUCGGGGCCUGCUGCGUCUGUAGCCGGCGACCGGCCAGGGCUGGGGCCGGGCCCCUGGGCCGCAGGGGGAAGGCCCCCUCGGGCUCGGGCCUAGGCCUGGGCCUGGGCCUGGGCCGGGCCGGGCUGGCGGGCUUCGAGCUGGAGACCAGCGAGCACACUGUGCAGGACACUACGGCCAUCCAGCUCAGCCCGGCCAACUCGCCCAGCUCCUCUCGUAGGUCCACGCCGGUGCAGGUCAAGCCCGGGGCCUGCGGGCUCUUCACCAUGGAGGGCCUGAGCCCGCUCGCCACCAACGGGCCCGCAGAUGAGUGCGCCCACCUCAACCUGCCCCGGGAGCCCGUCGCCUCCUAGGGUCGGGGGUCGGUCGCCUUGGCCCUCGCCCCCCUGCCCGCCCAACCCCAUCCUGUUGGCUCGUGCCCCCCUCCCCAACCCCUGCCAGGCCCGAGGAUGCCAGCAGCCUCUGCCCCGGGGGACAGUGACCCGAAAUGACCCCAUCAUGGAUGGGAAUUGGCCCAGACUCAAGGCCCCGGGAGGGAGCAGAGGUUCGAGAGACCCACGGGAACGUGGGCCAGGGGUCCUUCCACCCUGGAGUCCACCUCUACCUCUCUGUCUCUCCCAGUCACCCCCCACCGGCCCAUAACCAGGGCCUGUGUCCCCC